ACACAACCCACCCCCUUCAGUACGUGGCGCGCAUGCGCCAACUAGAGACACGCCUCCUCGUUCUACAAGCCAUGUGGUUGCCGAUGAUCAAUAAAGACGUCUGCUGAUUCCAGCCCUCCUGGUUUACUUUUUUAGCGUACCAACUCUGACUUUCAGCCAUUGCCAACAUGUCGGCGGGCGUCGCGAGCCUCCAGGCGCAGGUGGAGCUCGUGCUAGGCGCGCUGGUCAAAGCUGCCACGGUGGAGUUAAUCAAACUGUUCGAGAGCGGGUACCGAGCGCCGCCGGAUGCGGGCCGCACCGAGGACAAAGGGCGACAUGCCGCCCCGGGUGGGUUAUCCACCGGGGCCACAACACGCAGCAUCGGUGUGCAAGUGGACAAGGACAUGAAUCCGCUCUUUGAGCUUUGCGCCCCCCCUUUCCUUUCAGAUGAGAAUUUAUACGGGAAGUGCAGUGUGGAGCUGGUGGAGGGGAGUGUCUUCGGAACAGAAAUCCUCCUGGCUGAGGAUGAUGGCCAAGUUGACCCCGGGGCGUUGUUGCCUUUGGAAGAACAGGUCUCGGCGGAGACGGUAGAUAUGGUGAAGUUAAGUGAGCUUAAAACGGAGUCUCCAGAUGAUCCUCAAACAGACUUAAUUUUGCAUGAGACAUGGACGCUAAGUGCAGAGCAAAGCUCUCCGGCUAAACAGAAGCCCCUCGUGAUCAUACCAGAUACUUUCAAUAUCAUUACUGGGGAGACGGUUAAGUUUGUUUGCCCGUUGAUCCUCAAGUCAGAGUCUCAGGCCCCGAAACCUGACAUUUCAGAGACGCCCGUUAAAGCAGAGCCUCAGCAGGUCUGUGUCAGCACCGCCAAGGGCACCGCCUACAGUCCGUCCCCCACUGACGGAGCGGUGACCCCGGCCCCAGUGGAGGUUUGGGAACGGACCCACACGCCAAAGGAGACUGAGCACAACCUCCACGUGAAACUGAAACGUACUUCUCCCAACCACGAGCUGACGCGUCCCUGCGCCGUACAGCUGGUGGACGUGCUUGCUGCGCCCGAAUCGGAGGCGAGGCUUCAGGGCGCCUCCGCUGACGGUCACGACGCUAACCACAAAACGGGUUGGCCUCUGCCCAAAGACCUCCGCCGGCACCACAGCUUCCACAACGGCCACCGCAUCUGCUGCUUCACCCCUUGCGAAAACGGCGUUUGGCGGCUUCAGAAGGCCGUCUCCCACGCCGGCGGCGGAUACCCGUGCGGCGUCUGCGGGAAGACAUUCAAGCGGCGGAAGAUUCUCCGGCGGCACGAGCGCUUCCACACCGGGGAGAAGCCGUACCCGUGCUCUCGGUGCUCAAAGUCGUUUGCGCUGAGGAAGAGCCUGCGCCGCCACCUGAGGUUCCACACGGGGCAGAGGCCGUACACCUGCACGCAUUGCAGUAAAAGCUUCCGCCUGCGAGAGAAUCUGAAGGCGCAUUUGAGGUUUCACACGGGGGAGAAGCCUUUCAGCUGUGCAAUCUGUGGCAAGAAGUUCAGGAUCCUAAAGAAUCUGGAGAAACACAACCUGACCCAGUGUGGGUUCUUUGUUCCUUCGUUCAGGACGAUCGCUGGCUUGUAGCAGUGGAAUCACAGCCGCCAGUGGGUGGUUGUGUUGGCCGCACAACUCUCUAGCUCAUUCUUUUAAGCUAAGGAAAAGACUGUGGUUGAUUCCAGUAAAACCUUAUUCUAAUGAUGUUAAUGAACAAUGAUAGAUAGAAGUCUUAUGCUACUGAUGGUUUGAGAAUCUUCUUUCUUGCCCUGUUUUUGCCUUUGUGGUUGUGUACCAAUGUUUUUGGAACAGAGUGAAAGGGUUGUACAACUACUUGACCUUUCUUAGCAUUAGGCCUUCUCAGAAACAAAUGAUCACUACAGAAGAUUCCUUCCACAGCAGAUGAACUACUGAGUGCUCAGGCACGGGAUCGGACCUGCCAACACUAGUUUAUUGGUUAUACUUGUGUGUACUUUGGUAUUUUUGUUAUUCUUUUAUUUACAUCCAUGUAUCUUAUCAAAGUGUUUGGUUUUCCUGCUGUGAUUACUGAAUGUCCCUAGGCUUCUUUCCUUCUAUAACAUUAAUGUCAAAGAAACAAGUGCCCGUAAUGUUAAAGCCCCUGAGAGUAACAAGUACAUGUGGCCAAACAAAUGCUAUAUCACAUUCCCUUUUUUAUUAAAAAGAAAAUCAUCUACGUUUCACUAUUCCUGAUGAUGUCGCCGAUAAUUUUCCAACGGUUAUUUUACUAGAUAACUGUUUCUCGUGUAUUAAAGAAAUACAUUUUUGUGGUACAUAACUUGGUUAUUUUGUUUCUUCAACGUACUACAAUCAGCAGGGAGGAAGGAUACGAAUUUCUAACAAAGCGGUAAAAGCACACUUGAACUAACCAAUGCCUUAUUUAAUGUCAAGAUUGCAUGUAAGUUUAAUUUGUUAUCACUAGUUAAAAACAUACGUCAAUAUGCAAUAUGUUAUUUUAUUUAAUGGACUAAUGUAAUAUGGUGUUUCUACAACAUAUUCAGAUAUGUUAGGUAGUAUAAAAUAUAAAUAAUGCAGAAAAUAAAUACUGAUGCAAAGAG